GAGCUCACGAGAAUCAAUUCUUUCAUACAGGUUUGCAUGAGCGAAGAAGCUUUAUUGUUUCCCUCCGCCUCAAAUUCAGCAGGGUAACUGGACAUUUAAGCGGUGCUAUGGCUGGAGGAAAAGCUGGAAAAGACAGUGGGAAAGCCAAGGCCAAGGCAGUAUCCCGCUCCCAAAGGGCUGGACUUCAGUUCCCAGUGGGGCGUAUCCACAGGCACUUGAAGACACGCACAACAAGCCAUGGACGUGUUGGAGCCACAGCAGCUGUGUACAGUGCUGCCAUCCUGGAGUACCUGACUGCCGAGGUGCUGGAGUUGGCUGGCAAUGCCUCCAAGGAUUUGAAGGUGAAGCGUAUCACGCCUCGCCACUUGCAGCUUGCCAUCAGAGGGGACGAGGAGCUUGACUCGCUCAUUAAAGCCACCAUCGCUGGAGGCGGUGUGAUUCCACACAUCCACAAAUCCCUGAUUGGGAAGAAGGGACAACAGAAGACAGCAUAGAGGACUCUGACGUUACCUGUGUGUGUAUAGAAGAGGGCAUAGAGGACAGUGAUAUUACGCGUGUGUGUAUAGAGGACGGCAAUCAGCAUGACAUUCUGUUUCUGAUUAUUUUGUAAUUGUAGUUAAACAUAAGCCUGUACGUGAAUUAAUUUUUAGUCCUACAACUAAAAGUUUGUUUUCCAAUUGAGAUUUUCAUUGAGGUUUGCUUUUAGUCCAGGACUAUGCUUGAUCCAUGUGUGGGAAACUGUCCUGAAUUGUUCAGGUAGACCUGAAUUUGUUUUUUCUUUUUGUUUUUUUUUUUUUUUUUUUUUUUUUUUUUUUUUUAA